CCUCCGAGUGUAUGGGUACUGCACUAAAAGAAUAGGCAUACAACCCAGGGAAACUGUGGAUGGGACUACAAAUCCCACGAAGCCCCGCAUGAGGGUCACGUCAGCGAUUCCGCGCCAAAAUUGACUGACCACCAGACAAGAAUAUCAACAACACACGGGUUGAUUCCAGACUUACAGAAACAGACUGUGGAAGGUCACCAUGGAUCUCGGUGAGUUUGAAGCAGACAACUCGGUGAGCUGUCGCCUGGCUUCAGCAAUACCUGACGUCUGCAAGACAGAAGACUGCUGUUUGGGUAUCGAUGAAGCCGGCCGGGGGCCUGUACUGGGACCCAUGGUCUACGGAAUAUGUUUCUGUCCCGUUGCCAAAAAGGAAGCUCUGAAGGACUUAAAAGUGGCAGACUCGAAGACAUUGACUGAGGCCCAGAGAGAGGAUCUAUUCCGUAAGCUGGACGAAGCGAAGAGCUUUGUAGGCUGGGCUCUUCAGAUUCUCUCACCCAACACUAUCUCUACCAGCAUGCUGCAGAGGUCAAAAUACAACCUGAAUGCUCUCUCUCAUGACGCAGCCAUUGGCCUGGUACAGUUCGCCCUGGACAGUGGAGUGCAGCUCAAAGAGGUGUUUGUGGACACGGUGGGUCCUGCAGAGAAGUACCAGGAGAAGCUGUCCCAGCGGUUCCCCGGGGUGGAAGUGACCGUACGACCCAAAGCUGACUCCCUCUUCCCCAUAGUCAGUGCUGCCAGUAUCUGUGCCAAGGUGGCCAGGGACCAUUCAGUAAAAGACUGGAGCUUUCCAGAAGACCUAGGAGAGGUGGAUGCAGACUACGGCUCUGGCUAUCCCAACGACCCGAAGACGAAGGCGUGGCUGUUGAAGGAGCUUGACCCGGUGUUUGGCUACCCUCAGUUUGUCAGGUUCAGCUGGAGCACCACACAGACCCUGCUGGACAGCAAGGCUGUCACCGUACACUGGGAUGAUGAUGAGGAGGAUGGUGAGAAGGCCGCAGCCCGUCAGAACAACACCUCCAUGCUCUCCUACUUCAAGACAGGCUCCAAGACCUCCGCCCAGCAGGGCAACACACACCAGACACACCGCUUCUUCACAGAGAGGAGACUGCAGAGCCUGGCCACACUCUGAGACAAGGAGAGGAAUACACACACCCACUGAGACAAGGAGAGGAAUACACACACCCACUGAGACAAGGAGAGGAAUACACACACCCACCGAGACAAGGAGAGGAAUACACACACCCACCGAGACAAGGAGAGGAAUACACACACCCACCCACUGAGACAAGGAGAGGAAUACACACACCCACUGAGACAAGGAGAACACACACCCACUGAGACAAGGAGAGGAAUACACACACCCACUGAGACAAGGAGAGGAAUACACACACCCACUGAGACAAGGAGAGGAAUACACACACCCACUGAGACAAGGAGAGGAAUACACACACCCACUGAGACAAGGAGAGGAAUACACACACCCACUGAGACAAGGAGAGGAAUACACACACACCCACUGAGACAAGGAGAGGAAUACACA